UUACAAGAACAAAGGUUGAAGGUUGCGCAAGAAAGGAAUCGGAGAUUUUGGUAAUUCCACAACACAACAUAUAAAAGAAUCUAAAACACAGAACAAGACAGAGUGACAGAGUGGAGGAACAAGAACAACAUCAUCAUCAAAUCAAAUCAUGGUUGACGAAAACGAAAACUCACCCUUACUGACGUCCGAAAUCGAAGAAGAAGUGGAAGAAAUCACCACCGCAACCGCCAAUGACGGCGAUACCGCAAAACACGUCCGAACAAAGGUACCGGAAGUAGAGAUCCAUUUAUUCCGGCAAGGAAAAGGACCGAUUGUGGUGUUCAAAUCUGCUUUAGGAGGUUGGGAACAAGAUCAGCUUGAGGUUGGUGAUAUUCUUGAGAAACAUGGAUUGAAAACUGUGUUUGCUUUUAAUCAUCAGACACGUGUUCGUGGUGUUCCUGUUAGGUUUAAUCCUAGGAAUGGAAGGUCUAUUUUGACUUAUAGGGAUGGUGCUGUUGUUUAUCUCGAUGGAGAACCUAAGGACUCACUAAUUAAACCGAUUACCAGGAUCUUGAUUGGGGUAGCAAUAAUAACCCUAAUGAUAGUAAUAGUUUCGAGGGAAACUCCGGAAUGGAUGAACAAAUUCAACUUUUCUCCAGGGAACUUCUCUCCAUGGGUAUUGGCUUGCGUAGUUAUUGUCUUCACCCGCAUGAGAAAGAGAACUAAGGAUUUUUUUACAAAGCGCGGUUGGUGAAUGGACUCGUUGCUUCUGUCGUAGACUUUUAUUCUUUUCUUUCUACACACUAUCAAGUUUUCUCUAAAUUGAAUUUUUUUUUGGAUGUUAGUUAUAUCAUCAUAAAUGGUAUAGGUUAAUAAUAGAUUAUGUCACAUUUGAUAAUCCUGAUUGAUACAUGAUCUUGUUCAACAGAGUAAAGGGUUCUUUCUCUCUUCAUAUUA